AUGGCGGAAUCUUAUCAAGCCGAGGCGGCGUGUACGUCGCCAGAUGCCGUAUCAAAGGCUUUCCCAGACGAGGAUGAUGACUAUAAUGAUGACGACGAAGAAGACAUGUACUUAUUGCAUAAUCUUGUGCAAGACGGUCGAAUUGAUCGGCUACGUAUCCUGCUUCCACUUUUAUCCAAUCAAACGGAAUCUCGUCUGCGUUUUGUAGCCAAUGAGACGAAUCUAUUGGAAAAAGAUGAUAUGGGAUUUCUACCAAUACAUGUGGCUCUAAUCCAUCAACAAGUAGAAUGUGCCAUACAUUUGUUACGUUAUUCAUCCGUACUUACAAGUGCAAUGCUACGACUAAAAGGUGGAGAUUUUCAUACUCCAUUUCUGCAUCUUUUACUACGAAUUGGAGCUAUUAAUGCGUCAUUUAGUAACGAUUUAGUCAGUGAAUUAUUCACCAAAACGACACAAGAGGACGAUUUCUAUGGAAACGAUGUACGUCUUUUAUUAUUUGACAAGAUAAUGGCGAGAGAUGAAGAAGGAAAUACGGUCUUUCAUCUAUGUGCCCGGUACGACCUUUUCACGUGUCUAGACGUGCUGAUUACGUUCUAUAAACGUCAUGUAGUUGCUAUGGAAAUGGAAGAAAGUGAAGGAAUUGAAGAAAAAGAAGAAGAAGAAGAAGAAGAGAAGAAAAAGAAGGAGAAGAUGAAGACAAAGUUUAUGACAUUGGAGACGCUACUUGAAAAAGGCAACAAAGUGGGGCUUCGACCACUUCAUGAAGCCAUGAAAUAUCGAGCAGCUAAUGUAGCCAAGAGACUCGUGGAUGUAUACAACGUGGAGGUAAAUUCUAAGACAUCGCUGUACCAAACACCGGCGCACAUUGCUGCACUUGCAGGUUUUAUUGAAGGUGUAAAGAUUCUACGCACUUCUUCUCGACAUGUUGCUGCCGAUUUCACGUUAAAGGACAUUUAUGGAUGCACUGCAGCUCAAGUAGCUCAUAGAUGUAGGUUUGAUACACUUGAGAUGCAUUUGUUGGCAGCUGAAGCAGGCGAUUGUGUGAAGGAGAUAGCAAAUCACAAGGAAGAAAAAAUUGCGCAGAGAGAUCAGACACGAUUUUUUUUCCAUCCCGAAGUGUGGAAGCAUUUGCCCAUGGCAUAUCACCGUCGCGGUGGACCAGACCCGCCACCUGAAAAUCCUGAACGAAUUGAUACGUUAGUAGACCCAGUGUUUGGCAUUCUUCGAUCUCGCGAGUUUCAACAACCAAAUGUCAAGUGGGACCAUGACAUCGAACGCGCCGAUAUUGCCGACAUCUUGCGAGUACAUGAAUUUCACUACGUUAAUCGUGUGCGUCAGAAAUGUUCCGCUUUUGCUGCGCCAGUUGUAGGCAAGAAACCUGUUGGUCUAAAGGACAAUAACAGGGAUGGCACAAGUCACGACCAGUUCCCGGGCCCGUUCGAAUCGACACCAGCUAGCAGAGCUGAUGACACUGAGGAGUGUCAUUCUACGUUAUCUUUAGAUUCCGAUACUGCAUUGUCAGUUCGUUCCUUUGAUGCGGCCACCCGUGCUGCUGGCGCAGUGUGCAAGGCGGUGGACGAGGUCGUAGCAGGCAAGUGCAGGAAUGCAUUUUGCAUUGUACGGCCACCUGGGCACCAUGCCGGACCGGUGGGUAAGGUGGUGUGCGAGAACGACCCAGAGGGAAGUCUUGGAUUUUGUCUCUUCAACAAUGUGGCUGUUGGUGCAGCAUAUGCACGCGCACAUUUUAAGCAUCGCGGUAUUAACAGGGUCGCGAUCCUGGACUUCGACGUGCAUCAUGGCAACGGUACUGAAGAGAUUGUGCGACAGCUUGUGCCGUCUACGAAAGAGAUAACCUUUGAGACGCCCUACGGUGUUGGCAAACAGGUUGUGCAUCAGUACAAGCCCUGGCGCAGUGACGAUGACUCAGAGAAUGUGUUCUUUUGUUCGGUGCACGGAUACGGACACAAGGACCCUGAGGACAAGGAGGAGCUGGCCCAGGGUGAAACCCAGGCCUGGUUUUAUCCUGGUUCUGGUGUCUCGAAUGUGAAAGAAGCUCCAGUCAUUUGGAACGAAGGUAUGGUUCUUUGCCGUGAAGGCGCAUCCGCUUCACGCCUAAAAUGGCGAAGCGCAUUUCGUGACCGCAUCUUGCCGAGAUUGCGGAACUUUAAUCCAGACCUUAUAUUCCUAUCGGCGGGUUUUGACGCGCAUAAGAAGGAGCUCGUGAAUUGGGGAUACGUGUCGCUGUUGGAGCAAGACUAUGAAUGGCUUGUCGGGCACAUCAAGCAGGUGGCCAAUACUUGCUGCGAUGGCAGAUUGAUAUCAGUGCUGGAGGGAGGUUACAACUUUCACGGUCGGAUGGUUUCGCCUUUCGCACGCAGCGUCGCGGCCCACACUCGGGCGCUCAUCAACCCGGCGCGGGAGCGCUGGGACGAGGUAGAAAUCGCCAAGGAGGCCGUGCACGAACAGACGUUGCUGGCGAGUUACUUGGCUCCGGCAGCUUCGGACUCUGGUAUGACGGUGCUGCAGACAAAGAAGCGCAGCGAAGAAGCGGAUAAGAUGCCCCUUUCACAUUCGAGAAGCAAACGCGUCAGGAAGGAGGUGAACUAUGUGGCGCUGGCCAAGGAAUUGUCCGAGGAGCAGACGAAGUAG